CUUUGAUUCCUAAUGAAAGAUGUUCUGUCUGUGAAAAUCUCGCAGAAAAUCGCUGCUACGUCCUUGAAAAACAUGAAUAUACGUAUAAUCUCAUAGCCGGAAUACAAUGAUUCACAAUCAAGGAAACGAGUCAGACCGGUCAAACCGACUGCUGUGAUAACUGCUUCGAAGGAAAAGAUGAACCCCCUUUUUUUUGGACGAAAUAGAAGCGGACGGAUGUCCUGGAUUCUGGAACUGGGAGGAUGGAGGAUUGGAUCUAUCUGAAACGAUAAGAGCGAUAACGGUUCCCCCAGUUGCCGGGGGUGUACUCGUGACUAAUAAGAGGUUAUUUGUUUAUAUUUAGUCAGAAGGUGAUGUGUGGUAGUGUAGCGAUGUUUUGUUCAUACCCGAAAGUGAAGUUGUUUCGUCAUCUAUCAACAAUAUCUACAUAAAAAACUGCAAAGAAAAUAUGGAAGGAACCAUGGCAGCACUAUUGAACUUCAGAAAUGGCACCAACCUUAGCAUAAAUGUAAACGACACAGUAGACAUCAAUGAUUCAAGUACCAAAGCCAAGUUUCUAUUGUACGACUACUUGAUACCUUUGAUAGGAUCGCUUAUAAUUGUCAUCAACUUAGCUGUUGUCAUAUCGAGUGGACUUAUUUUAAAGAGAGGUCAACAACCAAGAUCCACGUAUCUAUUUCUGGGUAAUGUGGCUAUGAGUGACUUAGUUACAGGAAUUGCCGUAGUUUUUGGUCAGAUAUACCCUGUGGCAAAGAGGGACCAUUACGUUUGUGCAAUUCAAUUGGGUAUGAUUGUCUCAAGCACCCUCACAUCAGUUUAUUCAGUGGGUCUAAUAGCGAUUGAUAGAUAUCUAUACAUUUUACAUGGCAUGCAGUAUCAGAAAUGGGUUUAUCCAACGAGAGCUAGACUUCUUAUCGGAUUUUCAUGGCUGUUAGGUGGCAUUAUUGGAUUUUUACCACUGAUGGGAUGGUAUGGAGACACUGAUAAUGGAAAAAUAUGUUGGUUUAUAUGUCUGGCUCCAAAAAAAUUAAUUCUACUAACUGUACUCCUUGGAGUGAUACCGAUUAUCGUUGUCAUGGUAUUAUACUCCAUGAUCUUAUACAGAGCCCUCCAAAGAAUCGUGCGAUUGAGAUCAAACAAAAGCAGUCCAUCUGAAAUCCGAACAGUUACAAGUGAAACCAACACCCCACACCUAAGGGUUUUCAGAGGAGGAAGCACUCAAAUAGAAAGCCAAAAAAGGAAUCAAGGAAAAGGCAUUGAGAAAUACUUCAAGACCAAAUCAAGCCCUGCAGUCAAAGGCUUCGACAGGUGCAAAGCUAUAAAAGUAGUUUUGUUUACUACUGGGAGCUUUUUGAUCACUUGGUCACCUUAUUUCAUAACUAGUAUUAUAUACGUAUCCAACUGCGAGUUGAAGGAUACUUCCAAAACUUGCAAGACUAUGAGGAUCAUGAUUGCGAGCCCUUUGGCCAUUCUUGGCUUCAUGAACAGUUUAUUGAACCCCAUCAUAUAUGCCUGGUGGCACAAAGGUUUCAGAUCUUUCGUAAAGAGGAGAUUUGAGGUAAUAAAACUCAGAAACAAAAGUAUAUUUAGUGGGUCAAAAUCCGCCAGUACAACGAAUUCAUCGAUGGCUCAUAAUACUGUUUCGAAAAAUGAAUCCAUUUCAGAACCAUAGUUCCUCAAUUCGAAAUAUUAGUUUUUGCUCAAAACUUUGACAAACUGAACAAAGUUUUUCAUGAAAGUCAACUCUUUUGUUGUUCUAUCACCCAUCACCCAUCAGAAUUAAUAUAAGUAAUCACAGGGUGAUUCAGGUUUUGAGGUACAAACUGAUAUGGGUGAUAAUAAUGAUAAAUAAGUUUAUUCAAAGAACAUUUUCCAUACUAAAAGUUAUAUACAGCGUGUCUCAUUUCAAACGGCCCCCCCUCUAUAUCUCAGCUAUCAGUCGUGCGAUCUUUACCAAAUUUGUAUCGGUAUGAAUAAUCAUCAAUAUGACCAGUUCUUCAGGGACAAACAUCAUUUUAGACAGUGCCGUGCAUUUUUAAUGAAAUGAAUAGGGGUCAGUUUUUCAUUAAAUCAUAUUAGGCAUUUUUCCACAGGAAAACUGACCUCAUAAUAUCAUUCUUCAUGGUUUCAAAUUAACAUAUGUGGAUUUUCAUAAGAUGCCUAUGAAGGGUUUCAGAAAAACAGGCACAUCUAAACAGCAUCUUUGCGAACGUAAUAAUUAUUUAUUCGGAAACGGUGAGUUCAACAUAAAAAAGUAUAACCCGUUUUUCCUUCCAAAUCAUGAUUUUCCACCUACUGGAGCCACUAAACGUUCCAAAAUUCGUGGUUGAUUUGAAGUCACUAUUUAUGCGAGACUGAAAAUGAAAAAAAUGAAGCCAAUGCUGUUCAUUAGGAAUUAGGUGGUGCAUAUGGGGAUUCGAAAGCAUGAGGAACUAUAAUAUGGGGUUAGAUUUCCUGUAAAAAAAUGCCUUAUAUGAUUUUAUGAAGAAUCGACCCCUUUUUAUUUGAAUAAAAACGCACGGCUCUGUCCAAAAUAAUGUGCAUCUCUGUAAAACUGAUCAUAUUGAUGGUUAUUCAUACCACACCAAAUUUGGUUGAAAUCGCAUGACUAUAAUAACUGAGAUAUAAAGGGGGGCCGUUUAAAGUGAGACACGCUGUAUAGUGUAUUGAAUAAACUAAUGAAAAACCUUACGAAGUGUCACAUGUUGUAAGGAUUAUUGAAUACAAAUACAAAUCAAUCAAUAUAAUCGAAUUGUUUAAAAAAAUAUAUUUCAUUUCAUUCAAUUUUUGUUUAAUCAUCCUUUUUUUUCAUUCUUUCAUAUUCAUAUUUCCUCUUGUAUAUCCUAUUAAAAGUUCCUAAUAUUAUAUAAAAUAAUUGAUAAAUCUCAUCAUUACAAGAGUUCUCGUAAACAUGAGUCCGAUUUCAAUCAGUAGCGGAGCUACAGAGGGUCAAAUUUUAAAUAUUUGUUCUAUUAGUUGAAAUAUCUCGCUCAAUUUUGAAGAUAUCAAUUUGAAAUUUGGUGUAGUUGGCACUUUCUAUAAAAUCAUAAUUUCGAGCGUUUAAAAGGUUUCAAAAAUCUACAGGGUGUUUUUGGGGGGUAGAGGCUUAUUUACCCCCCCCCCCCGAACUUUUUUGUAGUACGCCUCUGACAUCUCCCAGUUCCCAAAUAGGAUGGAUCAUUCAAUUUAGAGGGUUUUUUGCCUCACAUUUGUUCCCGAGAAAAAACCGUUUUUGAGAUAAAUAAGCAUAUUUGUUCUAAAUCAUGUGAAUUUCAUCUAAAUUCCUUUUCUAUUAAAUUUUAUUCUUGGACAAAAUUUGUUAACAAUAUUGACAACGACGAAUAGUACAAAAUAUAUGUAAUGUGGACAGAUAAGGCCACAUUAACCAGAUGUAUGGUGGUAAUUUGCCAUAAUUCACAUGUUGCUCAAUUAUUUAUUACCUAUUGUCCUUUGUGGACCGUAUAUUUGUUCCGAAUGGUUGAAUGCUACAUUAUUUUUCAAUUUUUUAAAUGAUAUUGAAAAAGAUAUUAGUUACAACUGGAUGGGGCUUAACCAGUGGUUUAACACGAAUUUUCCGCGUCGUUGUAUUGGUCGGUUAAAAACAACCUGAUCAUCAUCUACCCUCUGUAUCCCCGCUACUGAUCCAAAUAGGACAAAUGUUCAAAAACAUUGCAAUUUUAGUACAUUUCAUUGCAUUCUCAGAGAAUUUUGCCCAAGAAUAAGAUUCAAGCGAAACAUAGGCAAAAUCGAGCAAAAUCAACAAGUUAUAGAACGGAUAUGCUCAUUUAUCUGGAAAACAGUUCGUUUCUAGACAAGAAUUGAGGAGCAAAAAGAGCCUUUGGAUUGAAUCAUCCACCCAAUUUGGUAACUGGAAUAUGUCAAAGGCCUACUAUGAAAAAGUUUGGGGGGAUAAAGAAGCAUCUACCCUCAAAACUGUAUCACCCUGUAGAUUUUGAAAAUCUUUGAAAUACUUCAAAUGAUGAUCUUCUAGGAAGUAUUGACCACACCCAGUAUCAUAUUGAUAUCUCUAGAAGUGAGCGAGAUAUUUCGAUUGAUAAAUAAAAAUAAUUAAAUGUUGACCCCCUUGUAGCUCCACUACUGAUCGAUAUAGGACCUAUAUUAAUACAAACUUUUUCGAUCAAAAUGAUGAGAUCUAUCUCCCAUUCCAGUUUGUACCUUAAAAUCUGAAUAACCCUGUAUAUACCUACAGCGAUCUACUCAAGUUGGCUACAUAUGUAAACCUUUCAUAUCAUUAAUUUUACGAAAAAAAAGUUAUUCUUCAUAAAAAGUCCUGCAUGGCCCGAAACCGAAAAUUAAAAUGUCAGAUAUCUAAUUUCCAGCCGUAUACGAGGUAUGAAAAAUUUAUUUUUGACAUUAUCGAAAAUUAUUAUGAAGAAAAGUUCACUAGAAUUGAAAACUACGUUCAAAUAUCUAAUUUCUUCUAUCCACGAUGAAAAUCAGGUUUUACUAUUUUUCACAAUUUCUGGUCGAUUCAUAUGAAAAACUUUUUUAUUAUCAAUUUUACGGAAAAAGUCAUCCUUAGAAAGUUCUGCUCCUGCAAGGCCCAGUCGUAUGUCAAUAAUCUUAAAUAAAUUGUAAACUAUAAUCAAUCCCUAUUUUUUUCGAAGAGAGAUUUAAUUAGAUAUUUAAACGUAGUUUUCAAUUCUACUCAACUUUUUCUGAUUACAAUUUACUCUUGAUUAGAAUUUAUGUUUUUUGACAUACCUCGUAUACAACUAAAAAUAAAUUAUAUCUGAUAAUUGCAUUCUUGGUUUUAGAUCUUCAGAACUUUUCAUGGGGAAUAAUUUGUUUUCGUAAAAUUGAUAAUAAAAAAGUUUCCAAUAUGUAGCCAGGCGUCGCUCAGGUGGGGUCUCGGAUAGCCACAGAAAUUUUAAAUCACUAGCAUUUCAAUUUGAAUGCACGCACGUUUCUUUGGUUGCCUAUAGCUUCCCACAACACUUCAUUCUGUGAUAUUCUGGUGCGAAUUCACUCUUUAGUUAGCUACAAAGAUAGUGACAGUACAUCAGUAAACAGCAUUGGGGUCUGAGAAGCCCCACCCGUGUAACAAAGAUAUACAUUUUAUUCUAAAAGAUACAUGUAAAUUCCCAUAGGAAAAUGGAUCAUUUUUUGUUUUUUUCAUAUACUACAUACUACUUAUUUUUGACUGAUAACUUGAACAUGUUAAUCAUUAGUUUUGCAUGAAAUCUUACAGAAUUGAUUGUGGAAUAUUUUUUAAACAGUUUUUUCCCAUGAGAAUUUCGCUAUUUAUAUGUCUUUGAUGAUAUCUGAAUUGGCGUGUACACCUUAGUAGAACUUUUAACUCAAACCAUGUUUAAAAUGAUCCUUUUAUACAUAAAUAAUGAUUGACGACAUAAUUCGAUCGAAAAAUUAACUGGAAUGUUUUAUUUUUCGACAUAAAUAAUAGUACCUUCUGAAAACGGACCCUCUUAUGACGUAGAAACCUCAUCUCGCCAUAGUUGAAAGAAAAUACCAAACGCCCGACGGAGCCUGAGGCAACUGAUAUAUUAAUAUAAAUACUGUCUGUAGGUUAAUCGAGGAGGUGGUAUAUUCAUUAUUCCAAAUUUUUUGGGAUUUUCUCUCCUCGUUUCUAUAAAAUAAAAAUAUGAAUAUUAUUUCAAUAUACGUGUAGUAAGGACAAAUCAGAUGAUUCGCCCCAAAAUGUCACUGCGUUUAAAGAAUUUUCCUAUCAGAGAGCCUAAAAGAAAAAUUCACUAGCUUGUCAGUGACAAUUUGUAUUGAAACAAUUUUUGGAGAAGGGAAAUAAAGGUAUAUAGAAAAAAUAUCAAAUUUUCACUUAUCUUUGGACGUUUCGGGACCGGUUCUGCUCCCGUUUUCAACAUAAGAAGAGAUUAUUUCAAUAGCGAAGUCGUAUAAUGUCUUGAAGCUUUUCAGUUUUCAAUGACAAUUGGUGACGUUGGCAAUCAAAUGAGUUACAGGAUGUUUUCAUUAAUUGAUCUUGAAUUUACCAUUUUCAUGUUCAGAUUUUAGUAGUGAAUACCAUGUUCUGUCUAUAUCAACUGAACAAGAAGCAAUGUUAUUGUCUCCGUUCAGAAGAAUGCAAGCAGAUUCCUUGAUUUUUCUCUUCUGGUUGUUAUCUUCUUUUCCAAUAAUUUUAAUAUUAUUCCACUCUGCCAUAUGUUGUCCGUCUUCAGUAAGGAUAUGUUCAGCUAGUUUCGAUUUAUCGAUGUUUCUUUUCUUUAUAUUGUACUUAUGUUCCUUCGUCCUUACUGAAAGAGGUCUCUUGGUUUCACCUGUAUAAAACUUUCCACAAACACAAGGUAUACUGUAAAUACAAUUUUUUGAUGAUUGUUCUUCAUUUUUCGGCUUUGUUUGAGUUAGAAUUGAUCUCAUUGUAUUUUCAGUUUUGAACACAGUUUUCACUUGAAAUUUAUCACCAACACGUUUUAUUUUUUCAGAUAUGCCGGGAAUGUAUGGUAUUAUAUUUGUCGUUAUUGAUGGUUGAUUUUGUUGUGGUUGACCCUGUUUGUUUUCAAUUCGAUGAAUCGUCCUAUCGACAAAAUUCUUUGGAUAAGAAUUGAGUUGGAGAACAUUUUUAAUAUGUUGGACUUCGUUAUUGAAAAUUUGUUGGUCAGAUGAUAUUGAUUUGGCUCUAUCAUGGAGUGAUUUGAUUAUUCCUUUCUUAAUACUUUUCUGAUGAUUUGAUUGAAAGUUCAAGUAUCUGUUAGUAUGGGUCUUUUUACGAUAAACACUCGUUACAAAGAUGUUAUUUGAUUUUUCAAUAAGAACAUCUAGAAACGGUAAUUGAUUAUUAGAUUCAAUUUCCAAAGUGAACUUUAUUGUAGGUUCGGCAUUGUUCACAUAAUCCAGAAAAUUAUCUAGCUCCAUAACAUUGUGAGGCCAAAUUAUGAAAAUAUCAUCUACGUAUCGCCACCAUGUUUUAGGUUGUUUUUGGUAAUUUUUGAUGAUGUUGUCUUCAAAAUUCUCCAUAAAUAUAUUGCUCAAAAUUGGAGAUAAUGGCGAUCCCAUGGCCAUUCCAAAGUUUUGUUGAUAAAACUCAUCACCCAAUUGAAAAUAUGUUGUUUUUAGACACAAUUCCAAAAAUUCCAUUAUUCCUUCGAUACUUAAAUUAGUUCUUUCAGUGAGACUUUCAUCGUCUUCUAAUUUAUGUUUCACUAUUUGUAAAGUUUUAUCUAUUGGAACAUUUGUGAAUAAACUUACUACAUCAAAACUAACAAGAGUAUCAUUUGUAUCAAGAGUGAUGUCAUUAAGUUUUUCUAAGAAAUGAGGAGUAUUUCUGAUGUAACUCUCACUUUUUCCUGAAAUAGGAUUGAUGAUAUUCAAGAGAAAUCUUGCUAAAUUUUGACAUGGAGAUCCAAUUGAACUCACGAUUGGUCUCAAUGGAACAUUUGGUUUGUGUAUUUUUGGAAGUCCGUAAAAAUGAGGAGGUUUGCUGUGAUAUGUGGAGAUAUUCUUUCUUUCCGCGAGUGUCAAUUGAUUUUCGUGUUUCUUAAUAGUGUUACGUAUCUUUCUUUCGAUAUUUGCUGUAGGAUCUUUAUUCAAUUUCGUGUAAUUACCAUCAUUUAUAAUGUAAAUGUAAAUUACCAUCAUUUAUAAUGGUAAUUACACGAAAUUGAAUAAAGAUCCUACAGCAAAUAUCGAAAGAAAGAUACGUAACACUAUUAAGAAACACGAAAAUCAAUUGACACUCGCGGAAAGAAAGAAUAUCUCCACAUAUCACAGCAAACCUCCUCAUUUUUACGGACUUCCAAAAAUACACAAACCAAAUGUUCCAUUGAGACCAAUCGUGAGUUCAAUUGGAUCUCCAUGUCAAAAUUUAGCAAGAUUUCUCUUGAAUAUCAUCAAUCCUAUUUCAGGAAAAAGUGAGAGUUACAUCAGAAAUACUCCUCAUUUCUUAGAAAAACUUAAUGACAUCACUCUUGAUACAAAUGAUACUCUUGUUAGUUUUGAUGUAGUAAGUUUAUUCACAAAUGUUCCAAUAGAUAAAACUUUACAAAUAGUGAAACAUAAAUUAGAAGACGAUGAAAGUCUCACUGAAAGAACUAAUUUAAGUAUCGAAGGAAUAAUGGAAUUUUUGGAAUUGUGUCUAAAAACAACAUAUUUUCAAUUGGGUGAUGAGUUUUAUCAACAAAACUUUGGAAUGGCCAUGGGAUCGCCAUUAUCUCCAAUUUUGAGCAAUAUAUUUAUGGAGAAUUUUGAAGACAACAUCAUCAAAAAUUACCAAAAACAACCUAAAACAUGGUGGCGAUACGUAGAUGAUAUUUUCAUAAUUUGGCCUCACAAUGUUAUGGAGCUAGAUAAUUUUCUGGAUUAUGUGAACAAUGCCGAACCUACAAUAAAGUUCACUUUGGAAAUUGAAUCUAAUAAUCAAUUACCGUUUCUAGAUGUUCUUAUUGAAAAAUCAAAUAACAUCUUUGUAACGAGUGUUUAUCGUAAAAAGACCCAUACUAACAGAUACUUGAACUUUCAAUCAAAUCAUCAGAAAAGUAUUAAGAAAGGAAUAAUCAAAUCACUCCAUGAUAGAGCCAAAUCAAUAUCAUCUGACCAACAAAUUUUCAAUAACGAAGUCCAACAUAUUAAAAAUGUUCUCCAACUCAAUUCUUAUCCAAAGAAUUUUGUCGAUAGGACGAUUCAUCGAAUUGAAAACAAACAGGGUCAACCACAACAAAAUCAACCAUCAAUAACGACAAAUAUAAUACCAUACAUUCCCGGCAUAUCUGAAAAAAUAAAACGUGUUGGUGAUAAAUUUCAAGUGAAAACUGUGUUCAAAACUGAAAAUACAAUGAGAUCAAUUCUAACUCAAACAAAGCCGAAAAAUGAAGAACAAUCAUCAAAAAAUUGUAUUUACAGUAUACCUUGUGUUUGUGGAAAGUUUUAUACAGGUGAAACCAAGAGACCUCUUUCAGUAAGGACGAAGGAACAUAAGUACAAUAUAAAGAAAAGAAACAUCGAUAAAUCGAAACUAGCUAAACAUAUCCUUACUGAAGACGGACAACAUAUGGCAGAGUGGAAUAAUAUUAAAAUUAUUGGAAAAGAAGAUAACAACCAGAAGAGAAAAAUCAAGGAAUCUGCUUGCAUUCUUCUGAACGGAGACAAUAACAUUGCUUCUUGUUCAGUUGAUAUAGACAGAACAUGGUAUUCACUACUAAAAUCUGAACAUGAAAAUGGUAAAUUCAAGAUCAAUUAAUGAAAACAUCCUGUAACUCAUUUGAUUGCCAACGUCACCAAUUGUCAUUGAAAACUGAAAAGCUUCAAGACAUUAUACGACUUCGCUAUUGAAAUAAUCUCUUCUUAUGUUGAAAACGGGAGCAGAACCGGUCCCGAAACGUCCAAAGAUAAGUGAAAAUUUGAUAUUUUUUCUAUAUACCUUUAUUUCCCUUCUCCAAAAAUUUUUUCAAUACAAAUUGUCACUGACAAGCUAGUGAAUUUUUCUUUUAGGCUCUCUGAUAGGAAAAUUCUUUAAACGCAGUGACAUUUUGGGGCAAAUCAUCUGAUUUGUCCUUACUACACGUAUAUUGAAAUAAUAUUCAUAUUUUUAUUUUAUAGAAACGAGGAGAGAAAAUCCCAAAAAAUUUGGAAUAAUGAUAAUUCUCUCAACUGUGAUCUCGCGCUAAUUCACUCUGUCAGAAAUCAUGUAUCAUUCAUUUCUGUCUGGAAUAGUCUUGUAUCAGUAUUAAUUAAGGUUUUGACGUCACAUCAUCGCCAAUAUUUUUUUAUAAAACGUAGGGAGCUCACAGCAAGAAACGGUUUGCGGUUGUGAGCUAGUUUGGGUGAGUUCUAUUGAAUUAUGAAAUAAAGCCCAUUAAACUUAUUAUAAGUUUCUGUUUAUAACUAUGAAGUAAAUACGAGAGUAAAUUCAUCUAAAAACUCAUUUCACAUACAAAUCUGGAAAUAUUCCUAAUGUUUUUUCCCUCAUGUUUCUAAUUAUGAGGUAUAUCAGACCCCACCUAGGUGACGCCUGGUUAAGUAGACAUGCUGCAACGGCUGCAUACAUUAGUAUAUUGUUCAACAAGAACGGAAUGAUAGUGAUUUCCGACGAUAAUGAAGUUUACAGCAUGAGCCGUAGGCAAAUGCUCCUAUCAUUCGAGUGGGAAAUUAGCAUUCCGUCCGAGUUAUACACGAUAAUUUUUCUACGGCUGUGACAGAUAACAGCGACAUUUCUGAUUUCUUCGUCUUUUUUAUGAAAUAAUAACACACAUUGUGAUCUCAUUGAUGAAUCGAACACAGUAAAACUAGAGACAUUUUGUAUUGUAGCCGUAGAAAAAGUAUAUUAUAUUAUUAUAUCAUUAUACUAUAAUGGCAUAUUACCUAAUUAUAUCGACAGCCAUAGUCUAGACGUACAAAACAAUUCAAUCAUGGACUGAUGAUUAUUGAAUAUGAACAAUUAUUAUAAUCUUGUAGUACUGCUAAAGAUCUAGUCAAUUUCAUUGUCUGUUUUUAGCUAUAAAUUUAAUAAAAUGUUUUUCAAAAUCAAGUACCUGAUUUUGAAUCGAGAAACAAAUUCCCAACUCACAAUAACAACAACAAAAAUCAAGAAAAUAAAUGUUUUCCUAAAGUUGGCAUUUAAAUAUCAAUUACAGUUCACACUGAAUACGUACAGCCAGAGAUAAGUUACCCACGUGGGUAACUUAUCUGAUGAGAUAUAGGUCGAUUUUGAAAAUUUAUACUUUUUGGACCCCCUCUAUAUCUACAAAGUGCCUUUGUGAUUAUCUCUACUAUGUUGGUGGGUAUUUUUCUGAAAAAUGUUGCAGCUUCAUGUGCUUGUGAUAUUUGUGAAGCAUAUAUUAUUAUGCAGUCAGAAACAGAACUGGUUGAUGGAGGAAUUUAUUCACAUUUUAGUGCACAUCAAAAUUCUGCUGAAGAUACAUAUGGAAAUUUAAAUAUGCCUCAAGAGGAUCUCUUCUCAUACCUAGGAGAUGUGAAAAUAUAUUUGCUUCGAAUUUCCCUAAUUUUUCUGUCCAGCCUACUAUUGCUAUCAGAUUGAAGGAAGAAAUAACAAGUAC